UAGCGAAAUACCUUAAAGCCGGAGAGUCAUAUAUGCACUUGUCAAAAAAGUAAUAACAAAACAGGUUUUCGAUUGUUAUAAAAUUUGUGAUUCUCCGGCUGAACUUUGCCUCCAGCUAAACGUUUAUUGCGGCGCAUUUUGCAGCGCGUCGGCAUUUUCAACUAACAGGCAAAGCGCGUCUGCUGCUGCCCAGAUGUUCAACAGCAACGACAGAGUUAUUCUGGUACCUUUAAGUUUACUUGUUGGACUUGACUUUUCCCAUUUAUAGCAUCGUCUGCGUUAUAUUUUUGUGCUCGUCGCAGUAUAAUUCAGGAAAAAUGGAUCUUUUUGGAGGAAAAAAGAAGUGCGCUGGAUGCGGAAACAAGAUUUCCGAUAAGGAGCCUAAAAUCGAUGCGAUGAAAAAGCAUUACCAUGCCGCUUGCUUCGUGUGCACCAAUUGUCAUAAGCCAAUCAAGGGCGACUUCCGUCCGGUGGAUGACAAACCCUGGUGUGAAGAUUGCUUCAUUCGGCAAAAAGCGCCGAAGUGUUCAGCUUGUGGAGACAGUAUCCUUGACAAACGCAUCAAGACCGACGAUGGGCGUUCAUUCCACGAAGAAUGCUUUCACAACGCCUCCCAGGGCGUCUGCGCUGGCUGCGGGCGUAAAAUCGGUCUUGACGAGCCGGUGACCGAAGCGUUGGGUAAACAGUUCCAUCAGAACUGUUUCCGCUGCGGCGAAUGCGGUGGUGAUCUGCCGAAGGAAUUCCAUAUGCGCAACGAUGUUCCAAUCUGCAACAAAUGUCACAAGAAACAUAAGGACGCGGAUAAUCUAGAGCGGGAGCGCGUCAGCGAGACGGUGGUGCGCGAAGAGCGUCCCGAUGGCAGCCGGCAUACGGAGACCAUGGUGCGCGAUGACGCCGGUAAUCCCAACUUGAAGGAGGUGCGGGAUUAUCGCGAGCAGACGACCACCAUCCACCAUGGCGGCGACACGGGAACGUUCGUCCGCGAAGGCGAGAUGAACUAUCCGGGUGAACGGGCAGGCCAGCAGGGUCAGCGCAACGAUAUCGGUCAUCCGAUCCAUCGCCAGAGCAAUCUGCGCACCGAUGUCCAGGGGAAUGACUGCUCGGUGUGCAUUGAGCCGAUUGCCGAUGGGGAUCAUGUACACGCCAAGGGACGACAUUUCCAUCGCAACUGCUUUGAUAGUGCGCAUUCCGGUGAAUGCUACGGAUGCGGUGAGAAGCUCCGCUUGACCGAGCCAUCAGUGAGCGUGGCGGUUUUGGGACGCGACUGGCAUACCGGUUGCUUGAGUUGUGGACACUGCAACAACAAAAUUACUGGACAGUUUCAAUGGGCCAACGAUCUGCCGCUGUGUGAAAAGUGUUAUCGCGAACGCAUUGCACCUGGUUGUGCUUCGUGCAAUGAGCCGAUCUUGGGAGACAAACUGAAGGCAAUGAAUAUGUACUGGCAUCCGGAUUGCUUCAACUGUCAGGUUUGCCAUGAGCCAUUGUACAAAGGCGGAAAAGAAUAUUUUAACGUGGAUGGAAGGCCGUAUUGCGCACGCGAUGUCAAUUCUGUGGCUCAGACAGUGGCUUAAUUCAGGAAUAGUGACCUUCAUUCUGUUUCCAUAACCGAAAACCUUUAGUGGUCCAACCGUAACAAGUCCCUUUCUGCGGAUUCAUUACCGACCCGCGAAACUACUAAUACCAAUAUUAUCUGCAUUUUAAUAAAUCUGAUAGCGUUUUUGGGUGUCUCUUGUUUCGUUCUACCAUAUUAAUUUGUGACUAAAUAUUAAACGUCUGUUAGUUGGAAUUUGGUGGUUUGAUCAGUGACACUUGAUUCAAGGCUGUCUUGAGGAGGUUGUUGUUUUGAAUUGCAUCUUGACGGUCAGAUGUAGACCAAUCUGUAGCAGCGCUAUUCACUACUUACCUUACCUGAGUAUACUUUUAACAAUAAACAAAUUAAA